AUGAAUUCCAGUCGAGAUUCAUCAUUAAAUUCUAUCAUAAAACUUUCUCGUCAAUAUUCAACAGCUACAACAACAUCAGAUGUUGGGGAAAGUUUAUAUGAUGGAGAUUUAGAAUGGGAUAAAUCAGAUUUUACUCGUCAUUUACCUGAAUCUGAUGCAUUAUCAUCAUAUGAUAUUCAUGAAAUGGCUGAAAUUUUACGUAAUCAUUUUCUUGAAUUUGAUAUGUUAUCACAAAUUGGUGAACAUUCAAUUCUUUCUCGUCAAUCAACAUUUAGUGAUGCAUUUCCUACAGCAUCUAAUGAAGAAUAUAUUAAAAAUAAUUUACCAAUUGAUCUUGAUUUAUCAAAGAAAAAACCUCGUUUAUAUUAUCGAAGUGUAUCUGAUUUAACUUCAUUGAAACGAGAAGAAAAAGAAUUAUUUAUUUUAUCAAAACAUUUAUCAUUGAUGGAUAUUAAAACAAUUAAAUGGAGAUUUUUUAAAUCGAAAAUAACACGUGAUCUUAUUUUAAGAAGAGCAAAUUAUUUUAAAUCAUCCUAUUUAAUACCACAAUCAAUGGAUGUUGAUUUUGAACCCGAAUUAUUAAAUACAAUAACAAAUAUGAAUUUUUCACAUUUAUCAAAAUUUGCAAAAUUUCGUUUAUCGAUAAUGAAAUUUCAAGAUAAAUUUUCAUCAUUUAUUUCUCGAAAAUUUCAAUCAACAGAAACAUUUCAUAUAACAGACGAUAUUAUUAAUACUUAUGAUAUUAUUGAACGAUAA